AUGCGUGGAGUGUUCCUGACCAAGUCGGUCUGGCACGUCGUCAACCGCGAGACGACGCCGACCUUCUCGGACCCUCGUUCCAUGGAAGACUACGUCCGGUCGAGCAACAUCUCGUUUGGACUGAUGUUGCUCCACAUGGACGCCGACUAUCAUCACGUGGUUGAUGAUUGUGAGGAAGCAUGGGUCACAUGGGCGCAUUUGAAGACGCUUUACGGUGGAUCGCAGAAGACUGGGCGCAUUUUUCUGACGCGCCAGCUCUUCAGUAUGGAGAUGAAGGAAGGCGGCAAUGAUGCAUCAUUGCAACGAGGUUCUCAACAUCGGCGCCAAGCUUACCAGCAUCGGCGCCAAGAUGGAGGACGAAGACGUGGCGAUUGUUUUUUUGCCGCUGAAUUACGAUCAAAAGACGUUGUGAGGGUGCUUACAAAUGAGCACAUCAAGAGGCAAGGCAAGAAGACGGCAUCGGUGAAAGUUGAAGAAGCGGCCAAGGCUUUCAUCACCGAGCGCGAGCCUCGCCAGUGUACGUACUGCGGAAAAUUGGGGCACACGGCAGAGCGGUGCUGGACCAAGCAGAAGGAUGAGAAUCAAAGUGCUCGACGCGGCGGACUAUCGACGGGCAAGAGCAUGCCUGGAAUGUGGGCGAUUGACAGUGGAGCAACGCACCAUGUAUGCAACAACAAGGCCAAGUUCACGACGCUGAAUGAGCAAGAUGAAGGUGAACUGUUGGUGGCUGACGGCAACAAGGCCGCAAUCAAGGGUGUGGGAAUUAUCAUCGAACGAGUGGUUUUGCCCAACGGCGAAGAGCGCGACAUCGAAAUCAAUGAUGCGUUGUUCGUGCCGAAGAUGAACAAGAAUCUGCUAUCAGUGAUCAACAAGUCGCACAAGAAAUCGAAGCAAGCGGUGGCAACGGCGGACCUCGUCGAUGGACUUUAUUGGCUUCACACGCCACAACGUUCGGCAAAUGCAACGACUUCGGCAAACAGUGUGAAUCUGCACGCACGUAUGGUUCAUGCUCCGGUUGAUGUGUUGCGCAAGAUGGUCAACAGCGCAAGGGAAAAUGGUCCAGAAACCGUUCCCGAGCAACCGAGCAAGCGCCGCUAUGACACGUUUGAGCUUCUCCACUUUGACAUUUGUGGUCCUAUGGAGCAAGAAACACUGGGUGGUAGCAAGUAUUUGCUCCUCAUCGUAGACGAAGCCAGCGGAUGCAUGAAAGGUUUUUGCCUAAGUACCAAGUCUGAGAGCGAAGAACAUCUCAAGACCUACAUCAAGAUGAUGCAGACGCAGUUCAACAAACAAGUCAAGUUCGUUCGUCACGAUGGAGCUCGAGAGUUUGCAACUAAUUCUCUCAAGGCGUUCUACCAAGACCAAGGUAUUGUACAGCAGACCACGGUCCCCAUGCUACAUCAUGCCAAGCUGAACAAGUGUUUCUGGGGUAAAGCGGCAAUGGCUGCGAUUUACAUCAAGAACCGCCUACCGUCACCCAAGAUCACGAGCAAGAGACCCUAUGAGAUCGUGCACAGGUCCAAACCCAGUGUGAAACACAUGCGUGUUUUUGAGUGCCGGACGUACGUUUUGACUCCUCAAGAAAAACGACUCAAGUGGGAUGUCAAGGCUCGUGCAGGUGUGUUCAUGGGAUACGAAAGGUAUCAAAAGCGUAUCGAGUUCACGACAUCGAGACAGGACAAGUGGUCAUCAGUCGCGAUGUCACCGUUGACGAGACGAUCGUUGGUAUUUCGACUAUGA